UGACCAAUGAAACAACAACUCCAAACAAAAACAAAACAAUCAUUGAGUUUGCCUGUUCCUGUCAUAGCUCCCAACUUUUUACUAUACAAAAAACAUUGAAAUAUAGCAACUGCUGUAUCUUAUAUAUAUAAAUUCUAGUCUUCUACGUUUCUGAUCAUGCCCGAUAACAAAAUCGAUCACCUGCCUGAGUUCACCGACAGUGACUGCUAUUUCCAGCACCCAAAAGAAUAAUGGGGUCCUUGGAAAGAUCAAAGAAAAAAGUUCAGUUAUGGAAGAAAGCAAUUUUCCAUUUCUCUCUGUGCUUUGUUAUGGGGUUCUUCACCGGCUUCGCUCCAACGGGUAAGGAUUCAGUUUUUUCUAACCAUGUUACAGCUUCAUCAAAUAUAUCAGAAUCCCCAUCGUCACACCCAAUUCAAACGCUGCCGGAAGCAGCAAAAGUUAAUAGGAGUUUGAUAGCCAAAGCUCCGGCGACCAUUCCGGCGAGGCCUGAACAGUCGGAUAGCACAAAGUUACCAGAAAAAGAAAAAGAAGAAGAAAAAGAAAAAGAAAAAGAACCCAAGUUGACGCCCAGACGGCUUGUGAUUAUCGUCACACCGACGAGCGCAAAAGAUCAGUUUCGGGGUGUUCUUUUGAGAAGGCUGGCUAAUACUCUGAGGUUGGUUGCUCCGCCAUUGCUGUGGAUCGUGGUGGAGCCGCAAACGGAUUCAAACCAAGUGUCAGAAAUACUUAGAAAAACAGGUAUUAUGUAUAGGCAUUUGGUUUUCAAUAAGAAUUUCACGGACACGGAAGCUGAAAUGGAUCACCAGCGAAACGUCGCGCUUAAGCACAUCGAGCACCAUCGACUCGGUGGGAUCCUGCAUUUUGCCGGGCUUUCCAAUGUUUAUGAUCUUGGCUUCUUCGACCAGCUCAGAGAAAUUGAGGUGUUUGGGGCAUGGCCAAUGGCUUUGCUGUCAGCAAACGAGAAGAAAGUGAAAAUAGACGGGCCAGUGUGUGAUUCUUCACAAGUUAUCGGAUGGCAUCUGAGGAAAAUGAACAAUGAAUCCAAUACGAGGCCCCCUAUUCAUAUUUCUAGCUUUGGCUUCAACAGCUCCAUCCUCUGGGACCCCGAGCGAUGGGGUCGCCCUUCUGCUCUUCAAAAAUACUCCCAGAAUUCAAUGAGAUUUGUAAAACAAGUAGUUCUUGAAGACGAGACCAAAUUAAAAGGAAUCCCACCGGAGGACUGCUCCAAGAUUAUACUCUGGCGUCUUCAGUUGCCCGGAGCGGCGACAUCAAAUUAAUCAUCAGAAGAUGUAAUAAGAAUUGAAAAGUGAGAUUAAGAGGAGAUUAAGAUGGUAUAAGUAGCUGUCAAAUUCUUGUAUUUUUUUUUGUAUUGGUUUUUGGGAAAUGUAUAUUAUAGGGCGUAUCUUUUUU